UGUUCAAAUAUAUGCUAAAUUACAUACAAGAAAUUGAAAAUCGAAAAAAGAAUAUAUUAAGUGUAUAAAAGAAGAAUAAUGCUAUCCACGAGCAGAUCUCCUAGAUCUGGUCUUCCAAUGAAAGCCUCUAAGCAUCGCAACAUCGUAAUAGCAGUUUCCAUAAUCAUUUUUCUUUUGAUAAUUAUUGCUGCUGUGGUUUCAGCUAUUGUAAUUUCUGUUAUUCGUGGUACAAGCAGCAAAUCAGGAUCCAGCCUUGUGUAUUAUAGCGGUUCUUUUAGGGUUUUAAAUUUAAACUAUACAGAAGAUUAUAAGAGAAGCAGCAGCCUUGAAUUUCAGUCAAUGGCUGUUCAAAUGGAAGGAUUUAUUUAUUUAAUAUUUAAUUAUUCAGAGCUAAGAAGUGAGUACAAGAAGGUGCAAGUUGUUAGUCUAAGCCCUGGAAGCGUUAUACCAGGAUUUGUGGUGACUUUAAAUUUUGAUAGUUCAAUGAGCAAAAAUGUGUCAGUUCAGGGGAUAUUCUCAGAGAGCAUGAGAAAUACCAACACAGCGCAAUUCAACAUUGACAAGAAUUCACUGCAACUAACAGAAAUUACAUAUGACGUGGCACAGAACCUCCUUAACAGUAUUUCAAGCUAUACACAUUUUAGUACUUCAACACAGAGCACAGGUCAGUCUGUAUUAGUUCCAGGCUAUACAAAUGUUAGGACUACAGCACAGAGCACUUCCCAAACUGUAAUAGAUUGCGGAGUUGGUGGCCCUUUAAUAGCAAGUAAAAUAGUCGGAGGAACAGAUGCAGCUUUGGGUACAUGGCCCUGGCAGGCUAGUCUGCACUUAAAUGGGAAUCAUGUAUGUGGAGCGUCUCUCAUUAGCAACACCUGGCUAACAACCGCUGCUCACUGUUUUAAAUCGAACAAAGAUGUGAAUGCAUGGACUGUCAUUUUAGGAACAAAUCAUUUAACCUCCGGAUCUGGAUUAAGCAUCAGAACUAUAGUUAUCCAUGAGAAUUACACCAGUGGAAUAGUAUUUAAUGAUAUUGCUUUGAUAGAAUUGUCAUCUCCAGUGUACUUUACUCAGUACAUCCAACCUGUGUGUCUGGCAGAUACUCUGACUGCCGUUCCUGACAAUUCUUCCUGUUAUGUCACUGGAUGGGGAACACUGACAGAUGGAGGCGGAAGCUUGCCCUCUAUUCUGCAACAGGCUCAGCUGAUGAUAAUAAGUACAAGUUUAUGCAGCAGUUCUCAGAUGUAUGGAGCCAUAAUAAAACCAUCAAUGAUAUGUGCUGGAUAUAUUGAAGGGAAAAUUGAUUCUUGUCAGGGAGACUCUGGAGGCCCCCUUGUGGCACUACAGUCUAAUAACCGGUGGUCCCUCAUUGGAAUUGUAAGCUUUGGAUACGGCUGCGCCAUAGCAAACAAACCAGGUGUUUACACCAGGGUCACAUAUUUCCGCAACUGGAUUGCACAGAAAUCUGGGAUAUAAAUCUUGCCAAUUUUAGCCGAAUUAAAUUUUGUAACUGAUUCACAGAGAACUUAUUUCCUUAUGAGCAUGCCAAACAAAACAUAUGUGUCAUCAAGGUCACAGGAGUGACCAUGGAGUUAAACUUGAGUACUCAGGACACAACGUUUGGAUACUGAACUUUUUAAACAAGAAAUAGUCAAUGAAGUCGAAUCACAUUUCAGUUUGGCAUGUGUUUUACCAUACCUGGCACUAGUGACUCUGUAAUUUUAUUCACUGAUAGCCUUAGUUUACAUUAUUUAAUUCCCCUUGCAUUACAUAUGUAAAUAACUUGAAAAGUUGCUAUAAAAGAGCAUUUUAAUUGUGUGAUGUUGACCAGACCAGAUGAUUUCUUACAAAUUAUACAUUUCAUGUUGUACAUGCAAAAUAUUUAUUUAUUAUUAUACCUUGUGGUAUAAGAAAAUUAAUCAACUAAUAACAGUAUCAGGCCAAAAGCUGAACAAAAAUAGAAGAACAUAUCAAUUACCUUAGUGCAUAACGUGGAGUUUGUUAGUAAAUGUUUAUAGCUGUGUAAGGUCUCAGUGGACAUAAAGUAUUCAGUGUGGGGAGGGCAGAAGACCCUGUCAUGUUUUUCUGCACUAUGAUUUCAUUGCACUAAAAUACUGAUAUCAUCAAUUGGUUAUUAGGGUAACACUGGGCUUGCAUUAGAAGCUGGAUACAUGCAAUCAGGCAGCUUGUAAAAUUUCUGUUACCAAAAUAAAUUAUUUGAUUGCAAAUUGU